CCCCGUGCCCCCGCUCCUCCCGUGCCCCGCUGCUCCGGCCUGGCGCCGCGGUUCUGUCGCAGGUGGCUCUGCGGGGCAGUUAGCGGCCGGAGCUGGCGUUUGUCACCCGCUGCCCCGUGGGUGUGAGCGCUCCCUCGGGUGCCCGUCUCGGACGGCGGCCGCACGGGCGUUCCAGCCGCCAUGGGACCCGUGUCUCUUUGCUAGAGGGUGAACGAGCCUUCCGGGCCGGUCGGUGUUGGGAAGAGCAACAGGUAGUGGUGGACUUGAGGGGAUUUCUGCCCCACUUUCAUUUUCCCUGUCUCUAGAAGAGGCAGAGCUGCCCUCGGUGCCGCAGUGCAGUUCUGGGCUUCUCAGUACAAGAGAGAGAUUGAGGUCCAGUGGAGGGCUGUGAAAGAUGAUUAAUGGACGGAAGCAUCUCUCUUAUGAGGAGAAGGCUGACAGAGUUGGGCCUGUUCAACUUCGAGAAAAGAUUGCUGAGAGGGGACCUCAAUCUGUAUAAAUGUCUAAAGGGAGGGUGUCAAGAGGAUGGACCAGGCUCUCCUUGGGGGUACCGAGCAAUAAAACUGGAGGCAACAGGCAGAAACUGAUGUGCAGGAUGUGCCACCCGAACAUGAGAAGGAAUAUCUUUACUGUGCAGGUGAUCACGAACUGGAACUGAUCGCCCAGAGAGUCUGUGGAGUCUCCUUUACUGGAGAUACUCACAAACUGCCUGGACACAAGCCUGUGCUAUGUGCUCCAGGAUGACCCUGCUUAGGCAGGGAGGUUGGACCAGAUGACCCAUUAUGUCCCUUCAGCCUUACCCAUUCUGUGAUUCUGUGGGUCAGGCUGUGCUUCUGCAGUGUUUGAUGGGAUGGUAUAGGCUUCUUAUGCACUGGCUGCAAAUGUAUUAGGAGAGGAGUUGUUAACAUCAGACAUACAGUCUAACAUGGAACAUUGCCUCAGAUAGUCCCAAAAAUGUAAAGCACUCCACUGCUGUGUCUUGAAGACUGGGCUUCUGACUUCAGCCCUCUGAAAUAAUACGUCCUUUUACAACACUACCUGUUGUACUUCCUUCAUUAUUAUUAACUGUUAGUGUUAAUUUGGAAUUUUUUUGCUGUUUUUGUGACUGUUAAAUGUAGUGCGCUAUACGUCAGCUAAAGACCUCAAGUAUUUUCUUCCUCUCCUUACCAUACCUUGUGUUCAUCCUGCCAUAGGUCUGCUCAGAUGUCUUUGCUUUACCUCUGUUUUGCCAGCUGGGUGAAAGGCAGGGUUAUAGCUGAGCUGCGUCCAGAGUGUUUAAAGUAGAUGUCCCACGAGACAGAUGGGAUACCUUUCUACCUUAUGUGGAUACCAGGCCAGCGGGGGCUGCUAGAAAGCCCGUGAUGUAGCCUUGGUGACAGCGGGUUGGUUGUGUCAGCCCUGUAUGAGCCAAGCUGUGACCAGCCAGGCAGGGGAAAGGGAAACAGUUGUGGAACUCCAUAGCAGUGAAUACUGUGGAAAGACAGGCUAUUGAUUGAGUUGGAACAUGGGUGAGUAUCAGUGGAUGCAGCCUCUGCCUUCCUAUUCUUUGAUGUGUGCAGGGUAAGUACUUUCCUAACAUAUUGUUUUAUACAGGACAUUUGGGACUUGGGUUUUUCUUUUAUGCUCUCAUUAUAUGCAUAACAAUUGCUUGUUGUAAUUUGAAGUGAUCUGUUGAUUGUUUUUAUAAUUGAAUAUGUCUUGCCUGCUCCCAAUUAUAGAUCCAGUUUUUAUUCCUAACUGUAUACUCUUAACGUUCCAUGGUAGUGAAGUUUAAGUUUUAUUAAAUCAGUACUCUUGAUUUCUCUUCCUGAAUGACUGUUGGAUUCUUGUUUGAAUUAUUAACUUGACUUUGUCAUCACAAAUUUCCAUUAACAUAUUCUUACUUUAUGUUGUAAUAUACUAAAGUAUAUUUUAUACUUCAGAUUUUAGGAAUGAUACCUGAUCCAUUAAAAAAUCCUUUUGUUAACAUUUGUCAAUAAUGUCCUUUGUUGGCUUCUCAGUAGUCUAUUAUAUAUUUUUAAAUGUACUGAUGUAUUUUUUUGCCAGUUUAAUUGUUUCCAGUAUAGUAUUGCAUACUUUAAUAACCUUCAGAUAGCUUGGAUCAGCUGCUUUUUCUUUGCCUUGAAUAGUAAUUCCCAAACUGUUGUUAAAGUUAGGGUAAGUAGUGCUGAGACUGAAAGCAAUAGUUUUUUUCAAUUAAAAACUUAAUGUAGAAAAUCAGGGGUGCUUUGGUGCAAGAGUUUUGGGAGCUAUUAAUGUAAAAAAAAAUCUUUUCCUGUCAAAAAUAUCAAGAUGACAUGAAGAUAAAAUUCAAACAUGUAAUUUUCUGUGUAUUUAUUUUUUAAAAUGUUGGUUAUUUCUUCCUGUGCCUUUUAAAACCUUGUGUCUUGUAAAAUCUCAGUAAUGCGUUCCUUGUGGUUGUGGUCGGUUUCUUACUCCUUUUGGGUUUUUUGUACUCAGGGAAGGUUCUGCAUCCACUGAUAUUUGUCAUAAUUUCUGAGGCUGAGUUUCCUUGUAGUUCCAGUUAAGUUUUGUUUUCAGUACUAGCUCUUUAACAGUUUUGAGGUGCUGACAGUUCUGUUUUUUGCCUUCCUCAUAGUUAGAUUACAUGAGAUUAUUUUGUUCUGUUUUCCUCUCUUACACUCUCUUUUCCUUAAAUGUUCAAAUUGUAUAGCAACGGAACUCAUAGCCCUCAUCUUUAGUUUGGAUCUUAUUAAUUACAACAUUUAAAGCUUAUGUUUCCCCUUCUUUUUAGAGGAAGAUUUUAAUGGAACAGCAGAUUCCAUGAAUACUUGUCUUCAUAUUUGGGUGAUGGAUGCAAAGAGCUUGCAAGUCACUGUUUCCUGGUCUGAGUAAUUUGAGCAUGAAGCCAUGUUUUUGUAGUAAACCCAGAGUAGCAUAGCAAAAGAUAUGUAAGCCGAAUCAUGAAGUGUUAUUUGCUCCUUGAGUUCCUUGUGUGUUGUAUUAAACUACAUAACAUAAAGUGGAUAUGGUAGUUUUACUGUAAAUACUUAAUAAGAAUCAUGAUUAUAAUAAUAAUAGUAAUAAUAAUGAUCAAUAAUAAACAUAAUCAUCCUUUUUCUUUUCCUUCAGUAAUAUUUGAUAAAGAAAUCCCUACCAUACAAAGUUGUUGCUGGAGUGUCAGGUGGCAAGUUUAUUGCAUUUCUGCAUUUUCUUUGAAUUUUGUACAUUCCACAUGAUGGAAAGGGAUUAAUACUGUUUUUUCUUUAUCUUUUAGAUGCUAUGCCAUGGAAAAUUAAUAAGGGGACUAUAAGACACUGUUUAUAAAGCAGUCAACAACAUAUAGACUAGAAAUUAGAUGUUCUUUGUAAUGAGUACUCAUGGGUAAGAGAAAGGAAGGAAGUGUUUUAACUCCUGGGUCCCAGAAAAGGCAGAGAAAAGAACACACAGAUGUACAUAAUGAUGUGUCUAAUGAAGAAGAAACUUUAGAAUUCUCAGCUAAUAGUAGUGCCCCUUCACAGCUGCCUGAUGGCGAGGUUGGGAUAAUUGAAAGUAUCCAGCUGAAGAACUUCAUGUGCCAUUCAAAUCUGGGGCCUUUUCAGUUUGGAUCCAAUCUCAAUUUUGUUAUUGGAACCAAUGGAAGUGGAAAAAGUUCUGUUUUAACAGCACUAAUUGUUGGACUUGGUGGAAAAGCCACUGCGACUAACAGAGGUUCCUCAUUAAAAAUGUUUAUUCAGAAAGGAGAGACUUCUGCAGAUAUUUCAAUAACUUUGCGAAACCAAGGAAGAGAUGCAUUUAAACCAGAAUUGUAUGGUACCUCUAUUACUGUGAAUCAGCACAUUAAUCAGGAUGGAAGCAGAACUUGCAAACUGAAAAGCAAAUCUGGGACCAUAAUUUCUUCAAAGAAGGAAGAACUCAUAGGAAUGCUGGAUCAUUUUAAUAUACAGGUAGAUAAUCCUGUGUCUGUUUUAACCCAAGAGAUGAGUAAACAGUUUUUACAGACUAAAAAUGAAGGGGACAAGUACAAGUUUUUUUUGAAGGCAACUCAGCUGGAACAAAUGAAAGAAGAUUAUUCAUUUAUUGGAAAAACAAAAACAAAUACCCGUGUUCAGAUAGAACAAGGGGAAGAGCGUCUUGAAGAACUUAAGCAGCUUUAUUUGGAGAAGAAGGAAAUUUUCAAAAGCAUCGCAUUUGUGAAUGACAUGCAAAAUCGUCUCAAAGAUCUGAAACAUCAAAUGGCAUGGGCAGUGGUGAGUGAGAUGGAAAAAGAAAUAGAGCUGCUCAAAGAAGGCAUCAAAGCUGAAGAAGGAAAUACAGAACUCCUUCAGAAGGUAGAAGAAUGCCAGGUAAAAGUGAAUGAAGCAGAAAAAAAGUACAAAGCAAUACAAGAUAAAUUGAUAACAGUAAGUGAAGAAGCACAAGCCCUUCAUCCUCAGUGUAUUUCUUUGAAGGCUGAAGUGCAGGCAAAAAGAAAAACAGUCAAUGAAACUGAGAUCGUUUAUAAUCGUUCCAAAACGGAGUUAAAACGUCUGGAAAAAGACAGUGAACAGCUACAUAAACGAAUUGAAGAACUGAAAAGCUGUGCUAAUCAGGAUUCAGAGCCUGAGAAAUUGGAAAGACAAAGGAGAAUUGCAUACUUAAGGGAACAGUUAAAGGCAUUCCACAAUGAAGAAAUAAUGAUUGGUCAGCAGAUGGAUCAAUUUCAGCAGGCUGUAUCUAAGUGUAAGGAAGAACAUUCUAGACUCAGGAGAGAAAGCAGUGAAGUGCAACAAGCACUGGAUGCCCAGCAGAAACAGCUGAGAGACCUGAAAGAUAGUAAAACAAACACUUUGAAAAGAUUUGGACCACAUGUACCAGCAUUUCUUGAAGCAGUUGAAGUAGCCCAUAGACAAGGACAAUUUAGAAAGAAACCUCUUGGACCUUUAGGUGCUUUGAUUCAUCCAAAAGAUCCUGAACUGAUCUUGGCCAUCGAAUCCUGUUUAAAAGGCCUCCUUCAGGCAUUUUGCUGUGAUAAUCAUAGCGAUGAAAGAACUCUCCAGUUACUGAUGUCAAAAUAUUAUAAACGUGGACAUAGACCUCAAAUAAUUGUAAAUAAAUUUCAGAAUAGAGUUUAUGAUACUAGUCAGAGAGGUGUUUAUCAUCCAGAAUUCCCAUCAGUUCUGACAGCAUUGGAAAUAGACAAUCCAGUGGUUGCCAAUUGUUUGAUUGAUAUGAGGGGUAUAGAAAGAGUCCUGCUAAUUAAAAAUAACCGGAGGGCUCGUGAGGUAAUGCAGCACAAUCGGCCCCCAAGAAACUGUAGAGAAGCUUUCACUGCUGCAGGUGAUCAAGUAUUUGAACGACGCUAUUACUCUUGCAAUUCUUCCAGACCCCAGCUCCUAAGUCAAGAUGUUGAAGCAGAAAUCAGUCACUUGGAUAACGAAAUUGAAAACAAAAGGGCACAGUUGACAGCCUCUCAGCACCGCUUACGUUCCAUUGAAAAUGAGAUUAGGCAGAAUGAAGAUCAUCUCUAUAGUCAUCGGCGACACCAAAAACAACUACAGGUAAAAGUAAGAACAGCAAAUGCAGAGAUAGCAGAUCUUGAAAAUGUGGAAGAGCACCAGUCAGCGGACAUCCAUAUAUUACAAGAAGAAGCUGAAGAAAAUAAGGGUAGGAUGGAAUCUGUAAAACAAGACAUGCAGCUACAAAGCAGAAAAGUGGAAGAACUGAAAAAUACUCUCCAAGCAGCUGAAAAAAAAUUAGAGGAAGUGAAAGAAAAAAUUCAUCAAGUAGAAGAAAUUGCUGGCCCAAUUAAGGCUGAAUUAAACCAGGCUGAGUCAGAAGUGGAAAACAGUAAACGCCAUUUGCAGCACUAUGAAGACAAACAGAGAGAACACGUUGCUUGCAUAAAUAAGCACAAAGAUUUACUUGUUUCCAAAGAAAAGGAAUUAGAGGAAAAAAUGUCAAAAGCAAGGCAAAUCUUCCCAGAGCCCAUCAAGGUCAGCAGAACUGUUAAAAGUCUUGAUGCAGAAAUGAAUCGCUUGAGAGAGAAGAUAAAUUUAGAAAGCAGUCACCGUGGAAACAGAGAAGAAAUAAUACAGCAAUUUCAUUAUGCAAAGGAAAGAUACGAGGAUGCAAGCAAUAAAGUGAAGAACUUAAGGAGAUUUAUUGCAGUGCUGGACGAAGUAAUGACAGAGAGGCUCAAAGUGUAUCGGCAGUUCCUAAGGAAACUUUCUAUGCAAUGCAAACUCCACUUUGAGCAGUUAUUACGUCUUCGAGGUUACUCUGGACAUAUAAUGUUUGACCACAAGAAUGAGACAAUUUCCAUAACAAUUCAGCCUCGAGAGGAUGAAAAAAGUGCCCGUAGUGAUCUGAAAUCCUUAUCAGGAGGUGAACGUUCCUUCUCCACAGUUUGUUUCAUUCUUUCUCUGUGGAACAUUUCUGAAUCUCCUUUCAGAUGCAUGGAUGAAUUUGAUGUCUACAUGGAUAUGGUUAACAGAAGAAUUGCCGUUGACAUGAUUCUGGAGAGGGCUGAUUUUCAGCGGCAUCGACAGUUCAUUUUGUUCACCCCCCUGAGCAUGAGUUCGCUGCCUACGAGUCCCCAUAUUCGAAUCCUCCGCAUGCCAGACCCUCCAAAAGACCAAAGAACACUGAAUUUCCAAAAUAGGAAUGACGGAGAUGAAGAUCAAUAAGUAUCUCUAUUCUUAAUUCCGGUGAACUGGUUCUUACACAUUCUUGAGUUUCCAGGUACAGAAUAAGUAUCUAAAUAUUAAUUUUAUUAUCAUAACCUAAAGAGACACAAAUCUUUACAAUAUAUAGGAAUGAAGUAGAAUUAGAACUUUAGGAAAUAAUAUAUUAACGUUUCUACGGCAUUGUAGACAUGUGUUUUAUUUGGUCUCCCUGCCCUCUCUCCCCUCCCAUGUUUCCGUGGGACUAGAGCACUUGAACUUGAUUUGUUUCGAUAUUGCAAGCAUUUACUGGGGACAAGAGGGAGGAAGAAGAAACAGAUUUUUCAAACGCACUUAAAUUAACCUUCUGUUCUUCUUAUGUUCUUUUUUUUCUCCAGGAACUUGAAAUUUUUGGCAGCUCUUCA